UUCUAUUUUCUUUUACACUUGUUAACCACUCGGUUAUUUCAAUAGUUUUGUCUGGUUUAUCAUUAUAAUCACAACCAGAACAACAAUUAAACCUUAAUUGUUGUUAACCAGUUAACAUCAUUGAUUGUCAACCUUUCGUUACAGUAACAACAACAACAACAACAACAGUCAUCAUGAUAAGCAACAGUUUCAUUGUGACUGUGUGAUUUUGUCAACAUCAAGAUAAUUUUUUGUUUCACCUAAAACAAUUAAAACAUUACGAUUAUGAAACAGUUUUCCAACUAAUUGUAAUCCAUCAUGUGAAGCAAUUAAAUUGUAUAAGACCAUUUAUCAUCGAGUGUUAAUCAAAAACCCAAGACAAGGUUAAAACUACCUGUUGGACAGCAAUUAUUAUAAUUGUUUCUAAUCACAAUUACAAUCAGUUAGAUUUUGAUUGACUCAAUCGUAUGUGAUAAGCAUCUUGGAUUAAUCACCACCACAGUCUAGAUUUACUUGUGUGUGACACUUUCCGAUGCUAGAUUGUUAUUAUGAAAAUGUCCUAAUCCUCAUGAUAAUCAUGGUGGAAAUUGUGGUUGGAUGAAAAAUCCUUGAGAGAGACAGCAAAAAAAAAACUAACCACAAAUUCACAAUGAUGAUAAUAAUCAUUGAAAAGACUCAACAGAUCUCAUUGGGAGAGGCAAAGUAACUAGUUUUUUUUUUACUUUCUCAGUCUUACAGUUAAGACGAUGAGGAUGAUAAAGAUGAUGAAUAUGAAGAUGAAAAUGUUGAUGGAAAAGGAGGAAAACCAUGGUAAUCAAGAUUAAUCAGUUUUGAUUGCAUUGGAUUGUAAAGGGAAACAAAAAUAGAGAGUAAGAGACUCAAUUAGAGAUCAACAAGUUGUCUUGGUGAUUAUUAUUACUAUUAUGUGAUUAAAUUGAUUCUCAUCAUUAUGAUUAACAAUUUGAAUUGAUUUUCCUUUUAAUAUCAUCAACAAGUUGCAACAAUUAAAGAGAUUUUCUGUCUUCUCUAUUAGUUCGGUGACAAUCAGCCAACUAAUUAAAGGGCAAAGUUGUCCAAUUCUGUUGUGAUUAUCGUUUACACUGAGGAUAUAAAUGUUUUUCGUGUCCUGUUUCUGUUCACAAUCAAUUAAUUGUGUCUUAAUCAACAACCUAGUGAUUAGUUGACAAUCUAAUAAAACCAAUAUGUUAUCAGGAAAAUAUAUUGGUCAUCAAGCUAAUUCAGAACUUUAUAUAUUGGAAACUAUUAUUUUCUGUUGGUCAUUUUCAUCAUCAUCUCAUUUGUAAAUCACCUUCCAUCAUCAUCAUCUCAUUAAAUUUUGAUUAUUGUCACAAAUUUAAUCAUACAAGUUGAUGAUCAAUUUUUGAUUCAAUCUCUCAAAUUCAAAAUUUGUGCCUUCUUUUGAUACUAUUAUUAUUAUUUGUUCAAGUGCUCAACAAUUAACCAACAAUUAAGGAUUUCAGUUGAAUUACCUUUUUGUUUGUGCUCAUCUAGCAUUUCAUCAUCAUCGUCAUAAUAAUAAUAAUAAUAAUAAAUUCUGUGUGAUGAACUUUUCACCAUCAUCAUCACCAUCAGCUGAUUUACCGGAAGAAAUUCAAUCUCAUCGUGAACCUUUACCACCAACAAGUGAACUGACCACAGUUAAAAUGUCUCGUAAGAAAAAGUCUCCCUCACCAUAUGAUCGGAUAAACAUUGACGAUGAUGAUGAAAUGAUCAUCGAAGGUUAUAUGUGGUCAUUAACGAGAUCAUUUUUUUUCUGGUGUACGACUUUACUUUCGUCCGGUUUUUUGGUCAUGUUAACAACUUGGGAACCAAGUUAUCAAAUUAAACUGACCCAUACUCGAAGUUCACUUGAUCAAGCAGAUAAAGUUAUUCUAAGGGAUUCUUAUGGUGAAGAGUAUGUUGAAACAGUGGUCAAGCCAGAUUAUUCUCGUAAGGAGAGAGCCCAGUUUUCAUAUUUUUACCAUAAGAAGAUUAAAUAUCUAUGGAGACCUGAAUUAAGUCAAUUUACUAAAUUAACUGGACUUGAGAAGGAAAAAUGUGGAUCAAUCUAUUCAAUGAGUGAAGGAUUGACCAAUUCAGAUGCAAAAAUCAGGCAAUCACUUUAUGGGAUUAAUUCAAUUAUCAUUCAAGUUGAGCCAAUUACAAAGUUAAUCUUAAAUCAGAUAAGCAAUCCAUUUUAUGUAUACCAGAUAUUCAUUAUUCUUGUCUGGAUGAUUCAACUUUACUAUCAAUUUGCUGGAUGCGUUUUAUUGUUUUCAAUUAUUUCAAUCGCUCUUCAUGUUCAUGAGACAAGAAAGCAAAGUAUGGCUCUUCGAGAAAAAGUUCAUUCGGAAUCGGAGAUUGUUGUACUUCGUGAGGGUGUCAUGGCUUCCAAAUCAUCAACCCAAUUGGUCCCUGGUGAUAUAAUUAUAUUGGCACCUAAUUGUUCAUUCAUCAUUGAAUGUGAUGCUGUACUUUUAUCGGGCUCAUGUACUGUCGAUGAGAGUAUGUUAACAGGUGAAUCAGAGCCGAUCAGUAAAGUGGCCUUAACCGAUGAUCCAAAUACAAUGUAUACACCAAACUCCCACAAGAAAAAUACUCUAUUCUGUGGAACUGAGAUAAUUCAUGUUCAAUCAUCUUCAGAUAAAAUUCAUGUUAAAGCUUUGGUGGUUCGAAUAGGUUAUUCAACAACCAAAGGUGAAUUGGUACGAAAUAUAUUAUUCCCGAAACCAGUUAAUUUCCAAUUAAAACAAGAUCUAAUUAAAUGUAUGAUACUUUUUUUCAUCUUGGGUAUUCCUUCAAUGGCUUAUACUGCAUAUAUAUUUGUCUCAUUUGGGGCUUCACUUUAUGAUACAAUUAUCAUUGUGGUCGAUAUUGCAACUUUCCUGGUUCCACCGUUGUUACCCGCCGUGAUGACCUCGAUAAACGCUUAUGCUCAAAAACGCCUUCGCAAGGCGGAAAUUUUUUGCCUUGACACCAAUUUUAUCAAUGCCGGUGGUUCCAUUGAUAUGGUUUGUUUUGAUAAAACGGGUACUCUUACCGAGGAUAGUAUUGACAUUGCCGGUGUUAUACCUUCGGUCAAUGGUUUAUUUGCUCGGCCUGAGCGUAAAUUAACUACUCUUGACCGUCAUGGUAAUUUGGUCGCUAUUCUUACUAAUUGUCAUUCGUUAAUCCAUCGAAAUAAACGGCUCGAUGGUGAUCGACAAGAGAUUCGUAUGUUUGAAUCGGUUGAAGGUGAAUUUCUUGAUGAUACUUUUGUCAAUGAAAACGGUGCUUUUGAACGUUUACCUGAUCGAAUUAUUGGCUUUAAAAAUGGUCCAAACGAUUUAAUCUUUGGUCUUAUUCGUUUAUUUCCAUUUGAUUCUACCUUACAAAGAAUGGCGGUCGUUGUAAAACGAGCUCAUUCCAAUUCUUAUUUGGUUCUCAUGAAAGGAGCACCAGAAGCGAUUCGAACCUUUUGUAUUGAGUCAAGUAUUCCAAAUGAUUUUGAUUCAAUGUUGGCCAGUUACACACGCGAUGGAAUGAGAGUCAUGGCCGCUGCUUCACGAAUAAUUGACGACAAUUUAGUCGAUCUACAGGGAUUGGUUAAAAUGCCUCGAGAAGAAAUCGAACAUUCAAUGAUAUUUGAUGGACUAAUCGUCUUUCAAAAUCAAUUGAAGCCCGAAACAGAGCCAACUUUAACCGCUCUUAAAGAGGUUGGCAUCAGAACAAUAAUGGCCACAGGUGAUAAUAUAUUAACAGCACUUUCAGUAGCUCGUGAUUGUGGUAUGAUCAAUGAAGCUGAUUCUGUGGUUCAAGUUGAAGCUCGACUCAUUAAUAAUGGUACACUUGAGACACUUUAUCGAUAUGUUAAACUACCUGGAAUUUCAGAGAAAUUGAACAUUGAUGAGUCACAGAUGAAAUACGGUGAUGAUAUAAUAACACCAAUGAUCAAGAAACGUGAAUGGCAUGUGUCCAUUGAGGGUCGAUCAUUUGAACUUAUUCGCUCUUAUGAUCGUUCCCUUUUAGCGAAAAUUGUUCAUAGAGGGACAAUUUUCGCUCGAAUGUUACCCGAUCAUAAGUUACACCUUAUCGAUGAGAUUCAGCGACAAGGUCAUCAGGUAGCCAUGUGUGGAGAUGGUGCCAAUGAUUGUGGUGCCUUACGAUUAGCCAAUUGUGGUAUCUCUCUAUCGAUGGCUGAAAGUUCAGUUGCAUCACCGUUUACUUAUACCAAGAAAAACAUUGAAUGUGUUCCCAUACUCAUAAGCGAGGGACGUGCCACCCUUGCAGCGACUUUAGGUGCCUUCAAGUAUCAAGCAUCAUAUUGUUUUGUCCUUCUCUCAGCAGUGCUCAUCCUUUUCUGGGAAGGUGCUAAACUAUCCGAUGGUGGAUUUGUCUUUAUUGAUAUUAUACUCAACAUGUUUCCACCUCUAGUUUUUGGUACUACCAAAGCUUAUCCUCGAUUAACCCGACGUCGACCUUUACCUUCCCUAUUUGACUUUAGUCCACUUUUUUCAAUCUUCUCAUUUGUGACCAUUCAAAUUAUUAUUUAUUUAAUUGCUAGGGAAUAUCUUCUAAUACAAGAUUGGUACCAGCCAUUUGUUUUCAAUGCAACCGAAAUCCAUAGACCAGAAUCAUCUCAUAUGACAUUGACAAUCCUUUCAGUCAACACAAUGUCUUAUGUAAUUGCAGCGAUCAUCUUUGCCUCUGGUCCACCAUUUAGAAUGAGCUUUCUAACAAAUAAAAUUUACACAUUCGUUGUAUUAUUAAACUUUGCCUUGGUUAUAAUCGUUACCGUUUAUCCAGCUCCUGGUUUCCUAUUGGAUUAUGUUGGUUUUAAAGAUGUACCCGAUAUUGAAUAUAAAUUAACUCUUCUCUCAUUGGGAUUAGCUAAUCUUGGUAUAUCUUAUACUUGGGAAGCCAUUUUCUUACAAAGUGAUUAUUCAACUGGAUUAAACUUUUGUUCAAAGUUAAUCCAAUGGAAACGUAAGAAACCAUUGUAUCAACAAAUUGAGACUGAAUUAUCAUUACAAGAUGAUUGGCCUCCAGUGAUUAAGGCAACUAAUCAAACGUACAACAAUUUUAAUCACAAUCAACUUGAUGAUGAUGAUGAUAAUCAACAUCGUUACUAUGCUGAUCAACAUAAUCAAUCAACUAACAUUGACAACAAUUGGAUUCACCAUUGUAAUACUUUACCUGUUGAUCAUCGGAUUAGCUUAGAGCCCAAAAGGACACUGGUCACUUUUACCAAUCAAGAAUAUAAUGUUGAUAAUAAAACAUUUGAUUAAUUUAGUAUCAUUCACUAAUCGUGCAAUUAAAUUAAAUUGAUUAACUCUUGUUAAUAUUGUUAAUUACCGUAAUUACCGUAUACGAAAAAACAAAACAAAAAGAGAUGAAAAAGUUUUACAAACUAAUUUGCUAAUCCGAUUUUUGAUCAACCCGAUUAACUAAUUGUGAUAUAAUCAUUAUUUUUUAUAUAUAAUAAUAUUAAUACCACGAAACAAUUACUAUGCUAUUUGCUCAUCAUUGUUAAUCAUCACUUGAUUUAAAUUAUAAUUAACAAAAUAAACUCUUAUAUUACCAUUGAUUAUGAGAUUUAAA